AUUUUUAUCCCCACCUUUGUGGAAAUGGCAGUUAAGUUUCCGUGUCAAUGGCGAUGAAAAGUGGUUGCCUUUAUGAUCCAUCCUCUUUCUCUUAUCUUACUUAAUCACACACAUCCGAAAAAUAGCAUCCAAUGCGCUGCUCUUUCGUAAUGAACACUCUGGUGAAGACAGGUGGCGCGUGGCUUGUUUCGCCGUCGUUGGCAGCUGUGAGGAGGAUGAGUGUACCUGGUUUCGCCACGUCAUCAUCAUCAUCUUCUGUACCCAAUUGGGAAGGUGGAGUUUCCAUGGUACAAGGAGCUUCCAGAGGCAUCGGCCUCGAGUUUGUAAGGCAGUUGUUAGAGAACAAUAAGAAAGGACAUGUUGUUGCCACUUGCCGGAAUCCAAAAGAAGCAACAAGUCUCAUUAAUCUGAAGAAUAGCUUCUCUGAGAGGCUUUUCAUCCAAAAGCUUGAUGUUACAGAUGAAACCACCAUUGAGGAAUCAGCGGAAUCUGUAAGAGAAAGAUAUGGUUCUCUCAACUUACUUAUAAACGCAACUGGUAUACUUUCAAUUCCUGGUGUAUUGCAGCCAGAAACAACAUUGAACAAGGUUGAAAAAUCAUCAUUGAUGCUUGCUUAUGAGGUUAACGCGGUUGGUCCAAUUCUAGUAAUGAAGCAUAUGUGGCCUCUCCUCAAGGCUGGUGGAGGAAAUGGAACCGAGAGGGCAGUUGCUGUUGUAGCCAAUUUAAGCGCACGAGUUGGAUCCAUUGGAGAUAACAAACUUGGUGGUUGGCACUCUUACAGAGCUUCAAAAACCGCACUCAACCAAUUGACGAAGAAUGUAUCGGUUGAGUUGGGUAGGAGGAAGGAUCCUGUGGUAUGCAUUCUACUGCAUCCAGGCACGGUAGACACUGAUCUCUCUCGACCUUUCCAAAGAAAUGUUCCUGAAGGAAAGCUUUUCACAAAAGAGUACUCUGUUCAGAAACUAUUGCACAUCAUCAACAAUGCAAAGAAACAAGACAACGGCAAGUUCUUUGCUUGGGAUGGCCAGGAGAUACCUUGGUGAUACUUUAAAUUCUAUUAUUAUGUCCAAAUUCUAUUGGAUUCUUGCUCUUUCUUGGUUUGGUAGCCAUCCCUUUUGAGUAAUACUAAAUAACCUUGGAGUGAGUGUCCAGAAGUUGAGAGCUUUCUGAAUAUUCAAUAUCAUUCCAAUCUAUUUUCCCUUUUCUUGAAACAAUUCAAUAAUUGAUGUGAUGGUACAAUCUUUAAUCUACAGUGUGUUUACCUUUA